GAACAUGUAUUAUUGUUCAUUUGGAUAUCUAUGUAGUUAACCCUUUCAACCUUCCACAUACAUCUAACUUGAAGCGAUGAAAUCACAAGACUUGGCGACAUCUUGCAUAUACCCACCAAUAAAAAUGGCCGGACUCCACAAGGCCGGCGAGGUAUUUGGGCGUGAGGUGCGUUGCCUGCCGGCAAAGAGAUACUGAGAGGCCGGCAACGGCACGGUCCAACUCCUGUCAUUGGGGCUCUAAGAGACGUUGAUUGAUAUCAGUACUAAUUAAUUACUCCCUGCCACCACCAACCAUCACGGUCUCUCUCCCGGUUCCAUUUAUUAAUGUUUCGUUUCGUUAAAACAGAGUGGAAUGUCUCAACUGCAGAAAACGAAAGCUACUGGUUUGUGUACCCACCAAGUCCAACCACCAUGAGAACAAAAGGUAAACCAGUAAUACUGCUCCUGAAUUCUAUGAAAACACCACCUCUGCCAAAUACAUUUGGGUUCUUUCACUUCUAUCAACUGCAUUAAUUAAUUACUGUAAUUGAACUCAAAGACAGGCGGAGUUCACUAAGUAACCAUGCAACAUUUGAUAAUUAAUAUAGAGGAAAGCAACAAAAACAAGACAAGGAUUUACAUGUUGAAACUAUUUAUAGUUUACGUGAGUCUAUUUCACAAAGAGCUUCAUCACGCUUAGCUAAGCUUCUCAAAUUUUCACUCAUGUCAUUCUCAUUCAUCUACUCAAAUACAACAUAGCUCCAUAUAAAUUGUUUGCGAAGAUUGGGGGUGGGGGAGGUUGGAUAUGGUUCUACAUCUUCUCUAUCCGAUUCCUAAUGGGGACCAAAUUAAAUAGCAUGAUGAGGAAACUUAGCAAUCACGAUAGAAUAGAGAUUUUGGCAUCUACUGAUCAACACUAUUGCUACGUUAAAGAAGGGUAGAGAGAGUCGACCACUCGAUCACUCCAUAAUUCCUAUGUUAUUGUUGAUACCGCUAAAUCAAUUAUUUAGUUAUUUCGAAUUCUGUAGUUAAAUCAAGAAAAACAAAACAAAACAACACUCACAACACACACAUGACCACCGGCACCAGCAUUAGCAGGCAGCCACCUCACAAGGCAAACCAUGAUGAAGCUAAUGAUAGGAAAGUGUGCGGUUCCCUCUUGUCCCCUCUAUUUUUUAGGGCUGGCUAUUUGGUCCCAGACUGUUUGGUUUUCCCCGAAACCGGACCGUAUAACCCGGACCGGGACCGGACUGAGACCGGAUAGCAAACAAUGCAAUCUCAUAUUCGGGCUUAGAUUUGAGGUAAAAAAUCGGAUAAAGACCGGAUAUAGACCCCCAACACCUAAAACCAAGAUAAAAUUGGGACCGAACCGGGUCAAGACCGGACUGUAUCCAAUCCAAUCUUUGGUCCUUAUAUUCCCGAAAAUACCGGACUGGGACCAGAUCAAUUUGGUCCAAUUUAACCGGACCGGACCAUAUUGCCACCCCUACUAUUUUUAUCCGAAUUUUCACUGUCUCUUUUCCCCUUAGAUAUUUAGCUUCUUAUGUAAGCCCUUCACGAAACAUGGGAAAAGUUUAAAGAUACGUUUUUACCUAAUAUGUACUGGCCAUUCAUUAUAAAUGAAGCUCUCUUUCUAAAUUUGUAAGUUUCUAAAUGUUCCAAAAACGUCCCUCACACUAAGCUCAUUGGUCUCUUGAAACGUCCUGGAGUUCUCCGCUCCAAGAGCUAAAGACCAAACCAUAAGCUGAAGAAGACAAAAGGAGACUGCCCACAUAAAAAAGGAGUUAUCCAGAGAGAUUCCAAGAUUUGUUACACAGCAAAAUUUGUCCUGUAACGCUCGAUGUAUACAAUGAGCGUUUAAUGGUGAAAACUAAGUUUUGUUGGUGAAUCAACAGUUUUCUUCCUCUUCGGGAACCAUGCUAGAAAAUGAUGAAAGGUUGGCUGUAGUAGGAAAGAGCAGAAGAGUUUCAUUGGCUGCGAGGUUAUGGCGAAAAGGUUUUCUAAGUGGUUGAAGAAGAAGAAGAAGAGAGCUGACUGCAAUUAUCGUACGAAUCUAGUUACAGAUGAGAGCGAAGAUGGAGAGGAGGAGACAAGUGAUCAUUUCUUCAGGUCAAUCGAUACUGAUCCAUGCAUUCCAACUAAUGAGUUAAGAGUAUUCAUUGGGACAUGGAAUGUAGGUGGAAAGUCUCCAGUGGGAAACCUAACUGUAGAUUUGGAUGAAUGGCUGAAUCUCAAGGAGGCUGCUGAUAUCUAUGUUUUAGGGUUUCAAGAGAUAGUACCCUUGAAGACUCUUAACGUGCUGGGAUUGGCAGACAAAACUGAAGCGACGAAUUGGAACCUGUUGAUAGGGAAAGCACUCAAGGCAUAUGGGGGGAGAAGUAGCAGCAAGUACAAGAUGAUGGCAAGCAAAAGAAUGGUGGGAGUGUUUAUAUGCGUGUGGAUGAAGAAAGGGGUACUGAGGAAGUACAGUGUUUCAAAAGCUAGGGUGAGUUCUGUGGCUUGUGGCAUCAUGGGAUGUUUGGGGAACAAAGGUGCAGUAACUGUUAGCAUGUCUAUUGAAGGAGUUAGUUUUUGCUUCAUAGCUGCUCACUUGGCUUCCGGUGAGAAGAAAGGCGAUGAAGGGAGAAGGAAUCGUCAAGUGUUAGAGAUCUUCCGACGAACUUCAUUCUUACUACCAUCUAAAGAUGAUCCUAAUGAUGACCACUACCACCCGCCAACCAUCCUGGGACACGAUAGGAUAUUUUGGUUCGGGGAUCUGAACUACAGGUUGUACCUGGAAGAUCACUUGGCAAGGGACCUGGUCAGCAAGUAUGACUGGGAAGCUUUGCAGGCAUAUGACCAGCUCCGGUGCGAACUUGAAGAAGGAGGAGCAUUUGAAGGUUGGAGAGAAGGCAACCUUGAAUUUGCGCCGACAUACAAGUAUUCUGAAUCGAAUUGCGAUCGAUAUUCUGGCAGCUUCGGGGGGAGAUCUGGAGAGAAGCAGAGGACACCUGCAUGGUGUGACAGAAUCUUGUGGUGGGGAGAAGGGGUGAUGCAACUUUCAUAUUUUCGUUCUGAAAGCAUGUUCUCUGAUCAUCGGCCUGUUUCAGCAUUGUUCUCCAUGCACGUAGAAGUCAGAAAGGAAACAAAUCAGAAAGUGUUUCCAGUGAAUGCUACUGAGUUCCGACCGCCUGAAAAUUUGCUGCCAAGAAACAGCGAGGAAGACAACAAACCUGCUACCUUGCUAUCCAUGCUUGAAAGGGAUAUAGACGAAUAACAAAUAUAGAUAGACACAAAAAGCUGUUGCAAAAGCGAAGGAUACAGGUUUGUACAUAGGGCUUCUGGCUUCUCAUGCUGUACCAGGUUGCCUUGAAGGAGAUGCAACCUUCCCAGAUGUCCACCUCUAGUUCUUUUUGAACUUGCUGUUCUUUUCACUGUAGAUAGCAUUGUUAUGCACAACCUGAAGACAAAUGUAUACAAGGGCUGAAGGCCACUAAGAGUAACUUAGUGUUCAUAGAAAACAUUCAUUCAUCGCUACACCCUGGAUAUGUCGGACUAAAGAAGAAGACAGCCAGCUGGUACUUUGUAAACAGUUCAACAAAUCAAGAACAUUCUUUACA